GCCCUCUGAGAUAGCACAUUCGAGGUCACCGCUAACUGAAAGCAUUAACACAGAAGCAGAGUGUUUGAUUAAAGGCAUGACACUCGUAAAUAUCAACCCAGCGAUCAACAUUGAGGCCAAUGGAUCAAAACCCGUCCAGCCGAAUUUCUGGAUCAAAACAGUGGACACUAUAACCCCAAUUGAUCCAAGCGUGUCGGCCAAUAUGUGCAGAUAA